AUGGUGGCCCACGCCCAGGUCAUCGAGACGAGCGAGGAGGAGGCGUAUGAUGCCAUCGCCAAGUACAUAGCAGAGCUGCAGGGUGCCCAGCCCGGCUUUGCGGAGGAGUGCGAGCAGCUGUACGCGGCGGAGCAGUAUGAGAAGCUCCUGGACAAGUUCGUGUCGGCCCUAGAUGUGGUGCUGGGCGCCAGCAGCAGCGACCAGGACCUGGAGUGCUGCCUGAACAUGACGUGCCACCUGGUGCCGCGGAUAGCGCUGCCCGGCGCGGCGGCGGCGGCGCAGCGCCUGGCCGCCGCGCUGGCCGCCAGCACCGACAGCCGGCCCGACAAGCGCCUGCAGGCGCUGGUCACGCUGUACAACGCAUCGUACGAUUCCGGCAGCAAGGCCACGGUGCUGAUGGAGGCGCUGGGGUAUGCCCAGCGCGCCGGCCUGGCGGACGUCCUGCCCGUCAUCCGCGCCCACGCCGACGGCUGGGCGGGCGAGCUGGCGCUGGGCGCGGCGGCAGAGCGGCGGCUCUACACCGCCUGCGCCGACACGCUGGCGGCGUGCACGCGGAAGCCGCGCACCGCGGCGCGGGAGUCGUACCGCCUGCUCACAAAGUGCCUCACCACAUACGAGGACGCGCCCGCCUCGGAGCUGCCGGGCGCCGUCCCCGCGGCGGCGGCCGUCGUGUGCGACUUCAUCCGCUCCCCAGACAUGUUCCAGUUUGACCUGGCCGCCAACCCGGCGGUGGCGCAGCUGGCCGCCUCCCCGCAGCACGCCGACCUGCACAGGCUGCUCACCAUCUUCCUGCAGGGCACGGUGCAGGAGUUCCAGACCUUUGCGGGCACGCCCGCCGGCGCGGCGGCGCUGGCUGCUGCGGGCAUCUCCGAGGAGGCGGGGCUGGCCAAGAUGCGGCUGCUGGCCUUCAUGGGCCUGGCCCACGGCGCCAGCCAGAUCACCUUCCAGCAGAUCCAGGCCGCGCUGGUGCUGGGGCCGGGGGAGGUGGAGGGCGCGGUGGUGCAGGCCAUCGGCAAGAAGAUUGCUGAGGCACGCAUCGACCAGCUGCGCGGCGUGGUGGCGGUGUCCAAGUGCGCGCCCCGCACCUUUGGGCCCGAGCACUGGCGCCAGCUGCAGCACACGCUGACGGGGUGGAAGGAGGCAGCCAUCAUGGCGCAGCAGGCGCUGGCCGAGGCGGGCGGCGGCGCGGGCGCGGCGCCGCGCGGCGCCGCCGUCCCCAACGGGUCCUCGGUCGCGCCGGUGCGCGCGUGA